AGAGAAGUUGCGUGGGUUACUCGAUCACGACACAUAUUACAUAGACACACGUGUACAAUACAUCAAAUCUCUUUGUUAUAAUCGAUCAUUCCUCCCCUUCGUCUAUUAACUGCAAAGUCCAUAUUUUCCGGGUUUUAAAUUUCCAAAGGUGGUUGUUGUUCAUACGUAUCUUCGAAGAGAAAGAAAGUCUUCUGUUCUGUUUUGCCUUUGGAUCAUUCUUGUUUCUUUGUUUGCUUGUCCGGGGAAGAAAAUGAAAGAAAAUACGGGAAACCCUCUUCAUCUCAAGUCGUUGAACCACAUAUCGCUUCUAUGUCGAUCCGUGGAGGAGUCAAUGAACUUUUACCAGCACGUUUUAGGUUUCCUCCCGAUCCGGAGACCUGGCUCUUUUGAUUUCGAUGGCGCCUGGUUGUUUGGUCAUGGAGUUGGGAUUCAUCUUCUGCAAUCUACAGAGCCUGAGAAAUUGCUCAAGAAAACUGAGAUCAAUCCCAAGGAUAAUCACAUUUCUUUCCAGUGUGAGAGCAUGGGGGCGGUAGAGAAAAAGCUCAACGAAAUGGGAAUAGAGUAUGUGAGAGCAGUGGUUGAAGAAGGUGGAAUCCAAGUCGACCAGCUCUUCUUCCACGAUCCUGAUGGCUUCAUGAUUGAGAUUUGCAACUGCGAUAGCCUCCCCGUCGUGCCUCUUGCAGGAGAGAUGGCUCGUUCAUGCUCUCGUGUCAACAUCCACCAGCUGGUCCAGCCACCUCAGAUCCACCCCUAGACUCUUGUCAUCUCCCUCCCUAGCUCAAUGAUUUGUUAAUAACUUGCGUGUAACAUUUCAAUUUGUCUCUUUCAUUUGUGUGUUAAUAUUUGCGUGUAAUAAAUAAGACUAUGAGGUUGAUGUGAUUCUUUUAGCCGGGGAAAUGAUCAUUUGCUUUCCUCUAGUCUCUCUCACUUGUGUGUUAAUAUUUGCGUGUAAUAAGACUCUUUGUUGAGAUUGAUGUGAUUCA